AUGGCUUGUAAUAAUAAAACAGAUUGGCUAAAUAUAAUUGGAACUAAACCAGAAGACAUACAACUCGUAUUUCCAGAAUAUGAACACGAUGAGCUAUUACACAAGAGAAUCUACGGUUCAAUGCUUGGUAUGGCCAUAGGAGACGCCGUUGGUGCAUGCGUAGAAUUUCGUCCCCGCAGCUUUAUGGUAAUGCAUCCAGUUGAAGACCUUCAGGGUGGAGGAACAUGGGGUUUGAAAGCUGGUCAGUGGACAGACGAUACAUCGAUGACACUCUGUUUAGCUGCUAGUCUCAUUAAUAAAAAAGGUUUCCAACCUUACGAUCAGCUUGUUCGAUACAAUUGGUGGUAUCAACAGGGUUAUAUGUCGUCCACAGGUGAGUGUUUCGAUAUUGGAAAAGCAACAGAAGAUUCAUUACGAGAGUUUUCAUCUCGACAACAAAAAUUCGCACGGGAAAAUCGACUGCCUAGUAAACACAUUGACUUUCUACCAGACAACUGUGUAACCAAAUUCGAGAAGGAUAUGACGACCGAAUGCAGUGCUCCUGGAGUAGCGGGAAACGGAGCAUUAAUGCGUCUUGCACCCGUACCGUUAUUUUUUUAUCGUCGUCCAGCAUACGCAGUCUACUACGCUGGCAAAAGUGCACUACUGACACAUGGGGAUAAAAAAGCCGCUGACGCUUGUCGAUACUAUGCAGCACUGAUAUGUGGUGCUAUGCACGGUUAUGAAAAAAACAGAUUGUUAGAUAAAAAAUUCUAUGAUAACGCUUAUGCGUUGGGCUGGUUUGGUAAUGAACAGUUACAUCAAGAAAUAAUUGACAUUGCCGCAGGAUCGUUUCGUCAGAAAAGGGGCUAUGAUGAUGGAAUACGAGCAGGUGGCUACAUUAUAAGAGCUCUAGAAGCAGCAUUAUGGGCAUUCGAUAGAGACAAUAACUCAUUUAAACGUGGCGUUCUUUUAGCGGUUAAUUUAGGCGACGAUACAGAUACAGUUGCUGCCAUCUAUGGACAGCUGGCAGGAGCUGUAUACGGUCAUGAUAACCUACCUCAAGAAUGGGUAGAUCAAAUAUACGCGAGCAAUUUCAUUAAAUGUUUAUCCGACUGGAUACAAUACGAAGGGAAUGAAUGGAAUAAGAAUUAUAGGAAAGAUCCAGCACCAAUAGCUAAAAGUGGGUGCUAA